CUAGAGAACCACUGAGGUAAAACAUUUCAUACCCAGUGGCCCUACAGGACUGUAGCCCCUUGGGCCCAGAAGCUCCUUCCCCUUCCUUCUUCCUGCCAGCCCUGAGGUUUCACUUUCACUUCCCAGCCGGCUGGUCAGGAGCUGCUACAUGCAGGCCCAGCGCCUGUUCCCUGUUCAGUCAGUAAAUGCUGACCACGCCCGCCCUGGCUUUGCUUCGCCACUAAAAUCAGGAGUCAAGACUUCUCCGCUGGGGCCUCAAGGAGUCUUUUAAGCAAGAAGAGCCUCGGGAGUAAGGACAGGAAGAAGCCAGGGGACACGUACUAUGGCUUUAAAAAUCCUGAACAUACAAGACGAGGUGUUCUGUCCCAUCUGCCUGGAGCUUUUGACAGAAUCCCUGAGCCUAGACUGUGGCCACAGCUUCUGUCAAGCUUGCAUCACUGCAAACACCAAGGAGGCAGAGAUCAGACUAGAAGGGGAAAACAGCUGUCCUGUAUGUGGUGUCAGAUACUCCCUUGAAAACCUAUGGCCUAAUCAGCAUCUGGCUAACAUAGUGGAGAAAAUCAGAAAGGUCCAGUUGAACCCAGAGGAGGAGCUGAAGAGAGACCUCUGUGUGCGCCAUGAAGAGAAACUCCUGCUCUUCUGUAAGGAAGAUAGGAAGAUCAUUUGUUGGCUUUGCGAGCGGUCUCAGGAGCACCGUGGUCACCACACAUUCCUCGUGGAGGAAGUAGUCAAGGAAUGUCAGGAGAAGCUCCAGGCUGCUCUGGAGAGGUUGAAGACAGAGCAGCAGAAAGUUGAGAAGCUGGAAGCUGACAUCAGAGAAGAGAGAACUUCCUGGAAGUACCAGAUACAGACUGAGAGACAAAGGAUAAGAACAGAAUUUAAUCAGCUUAGAAGCAUCCUGGACAGUGAAGAGCAGAGAGAACUGCAAAAAUUGGAAGAAGAGGAGAAGAGAAUACUGGAUAACUUGGCUGAGGCUGAGGAUGAUCUGGCUCAGCAGAACCAACUGGUGAAAGAACUUAUCUCAGAUCUGGAGCAUCGCAGUGAAUGGCCAACAGUGGACCUGCUGCAGGACAUGAGUGGAAUCAUGAAAUGGAGUGAGAUCUGGACACUAAGGAAGCCAAAAACUGUUUCAAGAAGACUGAAGAGUUCAUUCCAUGCUCCAGAUCUGAGGGCAAUGCUGCGCAUACAUAGAGAGCUAACACAUGUCCAGUGCUACUGGGGGAUCUGUGAGCAAGAAGAGCCACAGACGUCGGGACAGGGAGCAGCUGCUAUGGCUUCUGAACUCCUGAAAUGCUUACAGGAGGAAGUGACCUGCCCCAUCUGCCUGGACAUCCUGACACAGCCCCUGAGCCUAGACUGUGGCCACAGCUUCUGCCAGGCCUGCAUCACUGCAAAGACCAAGGAGUCCACGACAAACCAAGGAGGGGAGAGCAGAUGCCCUGUGUGCCGAAUCAGAUACUGUCCUGGGGAGCUGCGUCCUAACUGGCAUGUGGCCAACAUAGUGGAGAGGCUCAGAGAGGUCAAGGUGAGCCCCGAGGAGGGGCAGAAGAUAAAUCUCUGUGAGCGCCAUGAAGAGAAACUCCUGCUUUUCUGUAAGACGGAUGGGAAGGUCAUUUGCUGGCUUUGCGAACGGUCUCAGGAGCACCGCGGUCACCACACUGUCCUCGUGGAGGAAAUUGCCCAGGACUACCAGGAGAAGCUCCAGGAAGCUCUAUGGAAGCUGAGGGAAGACCAGCAGGAAGCUAGGAUGUUGGAAGCUGGUAUCGGAGAAGAGAGAACUUCCUGGAAGAAACAAAUGCAAACUGAGAGACAAAGUAUCCAGGCACAGUUUAAAAAACUGAAGGACAUCCUGGAGUAUGAGGAGCUGAGGGAGCUGCAGAAUUUGGAAAACGAGGAGAAAGCUGUUCUUGGCAGCCUGGCUGAAGCUGAGGAUGAACUGGCCCAGCACAGCCAGCUGUUGACCGGCCUCAUCUCGGAUCUGGAACAUCGGCUGCAGGGGUCAACGAUGGACAUGCUGCAGGAUGUGAAUCACCUCAUGGAAAGGAGCAGGGUCUUGAGUCUGAAGAAACCAAAAACUUUUCUCAAGGGACAAAGGAACACAUUCCGAGUUCUUGAUCUGAAAGAGAUAAUACAAGCCUUUAAAAAAGCUCACGUGAUUCCACACUGACCCCAAAAUACGACGUAUUUUGGCAUUUCUACGGGACGAAGACCAGUGAGAUAUAUGUGCUGGUGGAAAUCAAAUAAUGCAUGUAACAGCGAUUAUGGUGUCCCGGGCUCCCUGGUUAUCAGUUCGGGGAAACAUUACUGGGAGUUUGAUCUUGGGGGGUAUAUGAUAGAACAUGCCCAGAAUCCAAUACGAUAUUUCAUGUUAGACGUACUUAAAAUUACCAACAUGUUUACUUUGGGUAUCAACCUAAUAUGGCUACUGCGUUAAAGGGUUACAGAAUCAACUUGAAUAUGAUGCUUUUGAGGAGUCCUCCUUCUCUGACCCCUUCGUCUUAAUCCUGGCCUUUCCUGUUCCUCCCCAUUGUGUUGGAGUUUUCCUAGACUACAAGGCUGGCACCGUCUCCUUUUUCAAUGUCACAAACCAUAGGUUUCUCAUCUAUAAAUUCUCUUCAUGUUCCUUUUCUCAGAAAGCUUUUCUGUAUUUCAACCCUGCGAAAUAUACUGACCCCCAUGACUCUGUGCUCGCCAAGCUCUUGAACCUUCUUACACCCCUACUUAUUUCUUUGUAGUUGCGCUUGCCUUAGGUACACCUAAUGCAUUGAGUCUGUCUCACCGUGUGUCCCUUGCUGCCUUCCUUUUCUCUACGUGAACACCUUCAUUCAUCAGCAGGGUGUACAAUUUGCCUUGAAUAAUGUUUUUCCCAGUAUGAUGUUUGCAUUAGGAAAGAAUCCCUGUUCAUAAUUUUCCAUAGUCCCAACGGAAAAAAAAAAAAAGGGCUGAUGCCUCAUAAAGAUCAUUAUUGAGGGAAUGACUCUGCCAAAUUGUUACAAUCCAUUUCCUCUGUCAUGACUAAAAAGAUGAAGGAAAGCUUUUCAACAAUUUUGAUGUAUUAUCAAAGACCUAAGUGUAGGAAUUAUUCACUAAAGACUGAACCCUUAGUGGUGUGUCAGUGUUCUCAUGAUGCCUCUUACUUAUCAAAGAGUUCGGGAGAAAAUGAGAAAAUAUCAUAAAUAGUAAGAAUGAAAGUUUAUGUUCAGCGUGUCUAAGUUCCUGUCCUGUCUCCACACAUAGCAAAUGCAACCUUGAAUAACAUACAUUAAUGUUGUGUUUAUUUUCUUAAAAUAAGCUUGGUGUAAAAACUGCACUGUACUUAGGAUCAUUGUGAGAAAAUAAAUGUCAUUAAAAAUAAAGCAUCUAGGGGCACCUGGGUGGCUCAGUUGGUUAAGCGUCCGACUUUGGCUCAGGUCAUGAUGUUGCAGUUCGUGGGUUUGAGCCCUUCGUCGGGCGCUGUGCUGACAGCUCAGAGCCUAGAGCCUGCUUCAGAUUCUGUGUCUCCCUCUCUCUCAAAAAAAAUUAAAAAUAAAUAAAUAAAACAUUAAAAAAUAAAAAUAAAGCAUCUAAGUGUCUCAAAUUAUUAAUAAAUAUUAUAAAUAAGUGCUCUACUAAUUCCUAAAAAAUAUAAGCUCUGUCAGUGUCUCAUGAAAUUCUGUGGGAUUCAGUUUUCUCAUUUGUAAAAAGAAAAGAAAAAAAAAAGUACCUGAUGUAGAAUUGUGAAAAUUAACAAACAGAAUGUUUUCUAGUACAUAAGCAGGAUCCAAUAAGGUGUCUAUUCAUUUUUUGGUUCCUUCUCACUGUGACCAAAAUAAAUGAUCUUAAGAAUACAUAUUAGCUUUCUUUCAACAUUAGUACCUUCAUUUUGUUUUAAGAAAUAAAAUAACUUCAUUAAAGAAUUUCAGCUUUCUUUAAAUUUUAGCUGAUUGUAAAAUAAAUUAAUUUUUUUUGCAUAGAUACCUAGUCUUUUUUUUUUAAUUUUUUCUGCAGUAAUUCUGUUUCAUUGAAGUUAAAUAUUCAUUUGAGAUGUUGGCCCAGCUUUAAAAGUUACUAUUCACAGUGAUGCCGUACAAGAAGUACAAUCAUGGGAUUUCUUAGCAAUGGUGUAGAGGGAUACAAAUGAAAGAUCUCCCACUCUGGGCCCAUGUUUUCAGCCUGAAAAAACCACAGGCCACAGGAAGUAAUGUGGUUCAAGUGUACUGGUACAGAAAGAUUAAACAACAGGCAUUGAGCCCUACAGGAGUCUGAGCAAGAAGAGCCUCAGUUGUCAGGAAAGGAAGAAGCCAGGGGAGCACUGCAAUGGAUUUUCUGGCACAGCUAAACUUUAAGAGGGAGUUGACCUACCCCAUCUGCCUGGAGCUUCUGACAGAGGCCCUGAGCCUGGACUGUGGCCACACCUUCUGCUGAGAUUGCAUCACUGCAAAGAACAGGGACUCACCAAGGAGGGGAGAGCAACUGUCCUGUGUGCCAGUGCAAAUAUCAGCUUCAGAAUCUCUGACCUAACCACCCUCUGGCCGGCAUUGUGGAGAGAGUCAGGGAAAAUAGGAGCCCACAGAAGAAAAAGUUCUGUGAGAAUCAUGGAAAAACACUCUGUGUCUUCUGUAAGGAGCAUGGGAAGGCUGGUUGCCAGCACACUGCAGUGUCUCAGGAGUAUCACGGUCAUCAUAUAGUCCUCACAGAGAAGGUGGUCAAGGAAUGUCAGGAGAAACUCCAGGCAAUUCUGAAGAAGCUGAGGAAGGAGCAGCAGAAAGUAGAAGAGCUUGAAGUUGGCAUCAGAGAGGAGAGAGAUUCCUGGAAGGCAGGAAAAUAUUUCCUGAGGGAGUUCUGAGGCAGGAAACAAGGCAGCAUCUUAGUCCAGUCACAAGGAGGCCCCUUUCUCUUGGUUACCUCACAAUUUAUGAGUUCAGAAGAUAUUUGAUUAGUCCUCAUUUCAUUCCUUCCCUGUUGGAAUUGGGUUCCAGAGGGUAGACACAUCACAAAUAAAACCAAAAAUUUGGAGGUGAAGGCAUAGGAGAAAGCCAUGUAAAAAUGACUAAUGAAUCUCAUGUUCCAUAUCCAUCAUCAAGUUUGAGGCACUAAUACUUCCAGAAAACAUACUGAGAAAAGCCCAGUGUUCCCUAUUUAGGAGGUGUGGGUGGAAGGGCUUACUAUACAGUGUGGCAUGAUUAUCCAGGACAGAUAUCUGCAAGCCAAGCCUCAUCCAGGUGUCAUAUUGUGUCUGAGGGUGGGCCCUGCUAAAGUAGACUUUAAUAUAUUCCUUUGGAAGAAACUCAAAGGAAAGUCAUGGGGAAAUGGCUUUCUCAGUAGUUGCUCACUACCUCAUUGAGAAGUCCCUGAGGAAGAUAAUUCUUGUCUUGGCUCCCAGGCCCAGACAAAGUAGGCCUUUGGCCAUACAGACUGACUGCCUCUUUCUCUUCCCAUCCCCAAAGAAUCAUAUGCAGACUGAGAGACAAAGGAUUCUGAAAGAGUUUAAUGAAAUGAAAGGCCUCCUGGACAGCAAGGAGAAGAGGGUGUUGCAAAAGCUGGAGGAAGACAAAGUAAAUGUGUUGGAUAACUUGGUAGUGGCCAGAGACCAGCUGGACUGGCAGAGGCAGUACUUGAGAGGGCUCAUCUCACACAUUGAGCAUCUGAUAUGGGGGUCCUCAGAAGACAUGCUGCAGGAUUUAAUUAAUGUCAUGAGAAGGUAUGUGUGGGAGACCAGGAGUGAGACCUGGAUUUUGAAGAAGCCACAUAUUGUUUCCAAGAAACCAAAGAGUACAUACCAAAUACCAGAUCUGAAAGGGACGCUGCAAAUGUUUAAAGGUAAGGAGAGUCAGAGGAAGGGUGUGGGUGUCAAAUUGUUGUAGUAUCGGGGCAAAAUGGGGAAGAGGAUGUGGUUUCUAGAUGAGGAUAAAAGAGAGGACAUAGGCCUGACAAGCGGAGAUAGAUAUAUUGUGUGGAAGAUGCGAUCAUAUCUAAGGGGGAAUGGUCAAGGUGUCUGAUUCAUCAUUUCAUUCACCAGUUGAUAGCCACACAGGGCCUCGUGCUUCCAUUCUAGUGAGAAGCCAGGUAUCAGUGUUUUAUCCCUUUGCUUUUAACAACGUCAUUGAAACUUUUGUCAUUUCAGAGCUGACAGAGGUUCAACGCUACUGGGGGAAGGAGUUACAGGUUCUUCAAACUGCCAUGUUCUGAUCCCUUUUAGAAGUUGUGGUUACUAUCAGGUCCCAUGAUCUUAGCUUCAUGUGCUCCUCCCCAAACAUGCAUGCAUACCACAGUUCUUAAGUGUGCUACUCAUCUCUGACCCAUCAACAUGAGUUCCUCCCAGUCAGUUCCUGAUGUUCCACCUCAAAUGUCACAAGACACACCUGCUCUGUAUCCUUCACCCAACCCUGUCAUUUUUCCCACAGUGGACGUGAUGCUGAAGCCGGUCAAUGCUAUUUUGAAUAUUACCAUUUCUGUGGAUAAAAGACAGGUAAAAGACAGGUAAAAGGCAUAUAAGAUUUCUCUCUUCAAAAUAUACAUCUAUGUGGUUUCUAUCUUUAUGAUGUCUUGGGCUGCCAGCAUUUCUCCUGAAGCAAGUAUUGCUGGGAAGUAGAUGUGUCUGAGAAGAUUGCCUGGAUCCUGGGGGUGCACAGUAAAGCAAGAAGCCCCAAGAGAAAAGGGAGUUCUGGGUUUGUUUUUGACCCGAAUGUAUAUCUUCCAGAUGUUUACUCCAGACACAAACCUCAAUUUGGCUACUGGGUUAUUGGGUUACAGAAUGAAUCUAGUUAUAAGGUUUUUGAGGAGUCUUCCACCUUUGAUCCCAAGGUCUUGACUCUGCAUGACUGUCCCUCCCCGUAUUGGGGUUUUCCUAGACUAUGAAGCAGGCAUUGUUCCAUUUUUCAAUAUCAUAAACCAUGGGUCACUCAUCUACCAGUUUUCUAGAUGUCAGUUUUUUCAGACUACUUAUCCAUAUUUUAAUACUUGGAAUUGUCCAGGCUCCAUCAUCCUGUGCCCACCAAGCUCCUGAACCUUCUUGGCACCCCCCUCACUUUUGUGUAGUGCUCCUUGUCCUUGGGGCUCAUCUCCUACACCUGAGCUCAUCUGCACCAUUCUGAAACCUCUUCCUUCUUUUCUCCAUCUUUUAUUUUAGAAUGUCUUUGGAAGAGUCUGCUAGCACUGCUGUAACAAAUUACCACAGAGUGGGUGGCUUAAACAACAGAAAUUUCUUGUCUCGCAGUUGUGGAGGCUGGAAGUCUAACACCAAGGUGCCAGCAAAGUUGGCUUUUUUCUGAGGGCUGUGAGGGAAGGGUCUGUUCCUUGCAUUGUAGGUGGCUGUCUUCUCUCUGUGUCUAUUCAUAUUACCUUCCCACUGUUGCAUGCCUCUGUGUCUAAAUCUCCCCUUUUCUAAGGACACUAAUCAGAUUGGAGCAGGGCCCAUCCUAAUUACAUCAUUUGACUUAAUCACCCCUGUAAAGACCCUCUCUCCAAAAGAUCACACUGAAAUAUUGGGGAUUAGGAUUGUAACAUAUGAACUUAAGGGGAACACAAGUCAACUCAACAGUCUCUUGCAUGUCUUUGCCAUGCAGCGAAAGCUUUAACCUUUUUCUACAUAAUAUUUUGUUCUCACUAGGAAAGAAUAUUUUUUUUCUUGUUCGUUUUUGUUUAUUAUGAGGAGAGGAUGCUUCUUUGCAAAGGGAACACAUGUAAUCCUUUCUGUAGAAAGACCAGUAUUGCUGUACCACAUCUGACAUCUCUUUUCCUCAUUCCCUCUGCUGUUUAAUGGAAUUAACAAGGAAAACUUAUCAAUUCUACCCCUAUACAUAGGACUUAGGACAGUGCAUAGGAAUCUGUCAUUUGGUAGUGAAUCCUUCAGAGUGUGUUGCUUUACAAUGGCACCCCUUUAUAUGACGGAGUUAAAGCAGAAGUGCACAAAUAAAAUAUUUACCAAGAGUGGAUUUUUGGUGCUCAGUUUCUGAGGUCAAAUCUCAUGUCUUUACUUACAAUUUGUGUAAAUUUGAACAAGUUACUUAGCACCUCUUGGUCUCAUUUUCCUAAAAUAAAGAUUCAUGUGAAAGAUUGUACCUACUUCCUAGGGUCACUUUGAGAAACCAAAUUUUAUUAGAUGUGAAGCACUUAUCUAAGAGUCUUACAUGAAAGAGUAAACAUUUGUUAUUGCUGAAAAAAUAUAAGCUGUAUUAAUAAGGAACAACUUUUUGUUUUGUUCUGGUUUGGCUUUGCUUUAAUAAAAUGAUAAUUGGCUCACUGAA